AUGACGGAGCUGGGAAAUGUGAAGGGAGCAGGAGGCGGAUCCGAGAUUCCAUUCACCCUGAUCCAAGAACGGGAGCCGCAGCAGCGGAGCUGCCGGGAACAGAGUAGGGGAGCCGCUGGUACCGGAGCCGCUCCCGGGCGGAUCCUCACGCUGAUGGGAACCAAACACUCGAGCCGCUGCCUCCUCCGCCGGGCGGCUAGAAUCACCGAGAGCGACAGCCCCGAGGUCUCCAGUGAACACGCUGAGCCUCUGCCAGUCACACAGCCAGUUCAAACCACACAGCAGACACAGACGCCAAUACAGACAACGGUACAGACACCACUGCAGACCCUAUCGCAAACACCAACUCAGACAAGUUGCCUGGGGAGAGGUAAAAUGGCAAAAUAUUUGACACCAGAUGAAAUGACAUCUAAAGAUUACUACUUUGAUUCCUACGCUCAUUUUGGCAUUCAUGAGGAAAUGUUAAAGGAUGAAAUUCGAACAUUAACGUACAGGAAUUCUGUUUACCACAACAAGCAUGUGUUUAAAGACAAGAUUGUGCUGGAUGUGGGAAGUGGAACUGGGAUUUUAGCAAUGUUUGCAGCCAGAGCUGGAGCCAGGAAAGUGUUCGGGAUUGAAUGCUCCAGUAUUUGUGAUUACUCUGAGAAGAUCAUCAAGGCAAACCACUUGGAUGAUAUAAUCACAAUAUUUAAUGGUAAAGUGGAGGAAGUUGAACUGCCCGUGGAUAAAGUUGACAUUAUAAUCAGUGAAUGGAUGGGCUACAGCCUCUUCUAUGAAUCAAUGCUUAAUACAGUUAUUUUUGCAAGGGAUAAGUGGCUGAAACCUGGAGGACUGAUGUUCCCUGAUCGUGCCACACUUUACAUUGUUGCCAUCGAAGAUCGACAGUACAAGGACUUCAAAAUCCACUGGUGGGAGAACGUUUAUGGUUUUGACAUGACGUGCAUCAGGAACGUUGCCAUAAAGGAACCUCUGGUAGAUAUUGUGGAUCCUAAACAAGUUGUGACCAAUGCUUGUCUCAUCAAGGAGGUGGAUAUCUACAAUGUGAAGACCGAGGACCUGUCGUUCACCUCCACAUUCUGUCUUCAAGUUCAGCGAAACGAAUAUGUUCACGCUUUGGUCACAUACUUUAACAUUGAGUUUACAAAGUGUCACAAGAAAACCGGGUUUUCUACAGCUCCUGAUGCUCCAUAUACACAUUGGAAACAGACGGUGUUUUACUUGGAAGACUACCUAACUGUGAAACGGGGAGAGGAGAUCUGUGGAACCAUGGCAAUGAAUCCCAACGCAAAAAAUAAUCGUGAUCUGGAUUUCAGUCUGCAGCUGGACUUCAGGGGCCAACUGUGCGAAGCAUCUCUCUCUCAUGAUUACAGAAUGCGUUAAGUGCACUCUCCAUCAGAACGAUUGUAUCUCAGAUCUUAACACAUUGGAAGUGAUUCUAGAAUUAUGAACAUCAAAGACAUGAAACCCUGCAGCUAAUACACCUUCCUUCAACAUAAGAACAUGCUGCUAGAGUAAUAAGAACAGUCAGUUCUGCCAUUUGGCUUCAAAAUGGUACUCUUCACUUAAACCAGUACCAUACAUGGUUGCAGGGUCGAUGAAUUCCAGUAAAUGGAUAUCAAAACUGUUGUUUUAAAGUGUUUGUUUCAAGAGCCUGGGCCCUGAAGCAGGAGGAAGCUCAGAAUGUAUGACAAGAUUAAAUGGGAUACUAAUGGCUGCUUCACAACUGCUUGUAAGAAAUGCUAGAAUUAUUUUUUGCCUGAACAAAAAUUCUGCUGAAAUUAGCAAAAGAUAUCUCCCUGCACUGUGCCCCUGUAGAAAUUCAGUUCAACAACAAGCACAUUUUCUUUAGUCCCAGCUGCUGAAGAAAUGGUCUUGCACACAUUCAUGUUUUGAUGCAUUGCUAAAUUGACCGUUCAGGGAUGUUACUAUACACCUCUGGAGCAAGUUUGACUUGAACCCAGGUCUCCUAGCUCAGAGGUAGGGAUGCUACCACUAUACCACAACAGCCCUGCUUUCAUUGAUGCAUUAAACUUGGGUGGUUAAUCCGGAUCACGUCAUUCCAAACCUCUCAAUGCUAGCUUAACUUUUGAAUAUUAACGGACAAAAUGUUUACCUGAAGUAUUUGUCAGAAGGUUCUUCUCAUGCAUAAUUCACAUGAUGAAUGUAAAUUACUUGGUAACUGAUUAACUGCGAGUUGCAAAAAUAGAAUUUAAUUAGCUUUUCAUUUUCACAUUUUUGUAAUUGAAGACAGUGUAGUUACAAGUCUUUGACUGAAACUGGUAUCAAACAAAAGUAAGAAAAUGUGGUUUGUGUUGCUGUGUGACCAAGUAUUGAGCCCCGGAUGGCAUUGUGUUACAAGCUAGUGACGACAGCGUGUGGCUAAAGUGAAAU